UCUGCCCUGCUGGAGCCGCCGGUGGCACGCGGUCGGUCCCGAGAUGACGGCGAGCUUGCGAGUGGCGAAGGAGCUGGAAGAUCUUCAGAAGGCACCACCCCAGUAUCUGCGGAAUCUGUAUAGCGAUGAUGCCAAUGUCCUGGUGUGGUACGCUCUCCUCCUGCCGGACCAACCUCCCUACCACCUCAAGGCCUUCAACUUUUGCAUCAGCUUCCCCGAGGAGUAUCCAUUCAGGCCCCCCAAGGUCAAGUUUACCACCAAGAUCUACCACCCCAACGUGGAUGAGAAUGGACACGUUUGCCUGCCCAUCAUCAGCAAUGAGAACUGGAAGCCUUGCACCAAGACCUGCCAAGUCUUGGAGGCCCUCAAUGUGCUGGUGAAUAAACCAAAUCUGAGGGAGCCCCUGCGGGUGGAGCUGGCUGACCUGAUGGAACAGGAUCCAGAGCUGUUCAGGAAGAAAGCAGAGGAGUUCACCUGCCAAUUUGGAGUGGACCGGCCCUGCUAACUCUGGUUUGACCCCUCUCUGCACUGGACCCUCUGCAUGGCAGAUGGACACACCUCAUGGACUCGGGCCAGAGCCCCUCACUGGCCCAUUUCCUGCUUAUGUUUUCCUUCCCAGGUUUUCAGUUAUGAGUCUUUUCUGUGGUGUGUGUGUACUCACUCUGAGUUCUCCUGGCCACAGGUGCCCCCUUCUCACUCCCUUUGCCUUCCCCAGAGCCAGGGGAGUUUAGGUUUUGCAGAAUGUCAGGCCAGUCCUCCAGCUCUGCAUCUAGAGAAACAGUUCACCUUCCAGGCCAGUUUGUAAGAACAGAGCCCGGCAGCCCCCAGAACCCUGCUGGGACCCAGGCACUGAGGCUGGGGGGACUGGGAAUAUGGGUGAGAGACCCGUGGAGGGUACCAUACUUACCAAUGAAUGAUUGAUAUCAGCCAGACCACUGAUGAGCAUGUAAGAUUUAGGUGCUAAGCCUUUUAUUUUCCACUGAUAAUCUAACCUCUAUCCUGGAAAUCUAAUGCAUGUUUCAAAAUCAGUUGCUGUCCCAUGGGUUUGCCAGUCCCUGGGGGCCAGGCCUCAGGCUGUGAGGUGUGUACCCUCCUGCAUCCAGUCCAGGGGUGAUCACAGAAACCAAUCCUGUGCUUGCUUGGCCAUUAAAGUCACAGGUGAAUUCUGGA